CUCAGUCGUCGCUCGGGCGCGUCGUGACGUGAAGCUUCGUUUUGCGAUUCCAUCGUGCGAUAUUUCCAGGUGCUGCAGGUUUGUCAUUCUUAUUCUAUUUUGAAAUACUGGAAAUGACAAUUCUUUGGCUCGGAGCCAAGGAUGUCUUCGUGAACGUAACAAAAGCUGUAUAAUUAUUAAUGCGAAUAGUGACGUUUCAAAGGCAAAUGAGGACGGUUUGUUAAUAGCUUGAGAAUUCACGUAAUGCUUCGCCAAAAAGAGACGAGACUUUCGCAAACGACCGUUCGUUCCUCAUUCCUUUAGUCAUCCGCAUCUUGGAAUCGCAUAUCUUUAGCGAUAUAUAACAUCAUGUGGAACCGCAAAGUUUUCAUCAGAAUAAUCGAAGUGCUCUUGUGCGUCGCCUGCGUCGUCGCGCUCAGGGUGACGGACGAUGAGAGUCGAAGGGUGUUUCACUACUUGCGGAAUCGUAGCAGGGAGUGGUCGCUGCUGAACAACGUGACAUGGGGCAGCAUAGGCGCUGCUCUGGCAACGGCGACCUGCGGCGGAUACAUCAUUAUAACGACCGGUCUCUUGAUCGCCGCGGCUACCGGCGAGCUCCGCGGACGAAAGACGGAAUUCUUCCUACUCGGACUGGGCGUGAUCCUCUUCGGGAUAGUCGGCGCCUUGUCGUUGGCGUCUAUCGACAGCGUGCCCGAGGAUCUGGUUGACAAUGCUGCAGUCUUGGGAGCGCUGUGCCUGCUCACAGCGUUGGUGUUCAUCGGGGAUUUGCUGAUGAGUCAACCUCACAAGAAGGAGAAGCAGGACGAAGCGCGAAUCCUAGAAAAAGAUAGAGGCAAGCGACAGGUAACACCAGUGGUGACCAGCGAGGAUACCAAGUCGAAGCCGAAAUCAGCUGUCGUGAAAAUCCCGGAGGAUGAAAGCGGUCGCGCGAACGAAGCCUUCCAGAAGUCGACGGACGAUCGUCAGGUCGAAACCGCGAGACCUCAGCGAGAAUCAUCGGCGGUUCGUCCUUCGGACGACUCUCGAGGGGAUCGAGAAGUUCGCGAUGAUCAGGAACCCAGAGAACGGGCGCAGAACUUCGAAAACGGAGUUCUACGCGACUCGCAGCGCUACCGGGAGCCCGAUCACAGGCUCGACGAGUCCAGGAUAAUGUACAAGAGCCGGGACAUCUAUCAGCGACCGAUCGACGAGAUCGACACGCCGCGCUUUCCGAUGGAGUACGAGAAGGGCGAGCCGAUCUUCGCGAAAAUCAUCAAUCCGAGCGUGAAGAUCAUGCGGGUCGAACGAGACGUCGAGGAGGCGCUCGACAACUACAGAUUUUCGGACAACAGCCAGUACGACAACGUGCCCGUGAGAAUGCGCCAGUCAUCCGGGAUCCUGAAGGCGUAUCACCGCGACGUGUCCUUCAACGUGCCACCUCCGCCCAAGGAAUAUCGAACCAGCGGAGGACGAAGAUCCAAGGACGAGAUCGAGAUGCUGGAGGAAUAUCUGGGCGUCCUGAGGAGCACCGGGACGCAAACCCCGAGGAAUCCCUCAUCGCCAGCUGAGCCAGGAUACGUUCGACACACUGCAAGUAACUGGCCGCAGGACGUUAAAUCGAUCACCGCGAGACCCAGCCCCGAUAGAAUUUAAUCCUUUCGUCACAGUUUUCGGAUCCAUUUUUUAUAAUCACGUGAUUGCUAGUGUUCAUACGGUAGGAGUAAGUUUUUUUUAAUCAUGUACAAUAGUUGAUUUUAAUCUCUAAUUUUCUUCAAAGGGUUCACUAAUCUCGUAAGAGUCGUAAGCAUUUGUAUAAUAUAUAUAUAUAUAUACAUAAGAUUUUCAUGAAACUUUCCACAAAUAAGUUAACCAUGAAAGAAUUAAAGUAAUUAAUAUAUGUAUAAUUGUUUCUCAUAUACUUGAUUAUCUUGUAAGAUUUUAAAUUUAAUUGUCGCGUGUAAUAGACAAAGACGCUACAAUAAGUAUAUAGAGUUUAUACUUGUGAAUAGCAUAUAACAGUGAGGGAGAUAUAUUUAUCCCAUACAGGAUUGCAAUAAUUUUCACAUUAAUUUGUAUCCAUUAUUUUAGAAAGAUUGCAUAAAUAUAUAGGAUAAUAGAGGUAAAAAAAGAAACAAUAAUUUUUUUUUAUACGUACAAAUUUCAAUAUAAAGUUGAUACCGCCGUUCACAUCGUACUCUUACACGUACACAAUUAUUAUUAAUAAUCUUCUGACGAUAAACAUAUGAUCGUUGCGUGGUUAGUCUUCAAUAUAGUCGUCAGACGUCUGCGUGUUAAUAUCAGCGUUAUUAUUACGUCGCUGAAAGUGUAAAUCUCUAUUCGCUCUAUUUACUUUUAUAUAUGUUUCUUUUCUUUUCUUUUCUUUCUUUUAAUCAAUAUAAAUAAAUGCUGUACACACAUACACACAUGAGUCCAUAUUCCGAAUAUCAUAUUAGAUACUUGAGCAUUUCAUUUCUUUCACGAUCCUUCCUUCCACAGCGAGUCCUACGAAUAUCCACCCCGAAUCGUCAUCUGUCAGGGUUCGAAUCUACCCUACCUGGUACCCUAUGUAGUUGACGAACACUCUAGAAG